ACCAGAUCCCAGGCGCUGACCAGCUUGACCUUCUCUGCACAGCAGCUGUAGAACUUGGGAUCAGAAAGGGGAGUGAUUUCUGUAAAGAUUUGUUAAGUUAGCAAGACAAUAUGCCUCCACUUCAAGAGUACUUUUAGUGACAUUUUUAUUGUCUCUCCAAUACGUAUUGAAAAUCUUUAAUAUAGAAGACACUGCAUUGGCAAUUUUGAUGAUCAAAAUAUAAGUUUCUCUUUAUUCCAUGAAUGUAUAAUCCAUCAGAAAACAUAUGCUUGACUAAAAUUUGCAAACAUACAGCAUGGGGAGGGAUUAGUACAGAGGGAAAGCAGGUUCUAUGCUGUGGCAAAUGAGGAAGGCGAGAGCAUCAGGGAGGACAGCCAUGAGAGGUGGGCGCAUGUGGAGGCAGCAAUGGUGUGCAGAGCCUGUCAAAGAGCAGGUGCUGUGGGCAAGUUGUGAACAGAGGCUCAGAGCAGCAUUGUGGGAGGCUUGAGGGGAAGUUUACACAAGGGUUUUCCUGGGAGAACGAUGACAUUCUAUGAGGAGGACAUGAGUGAGUAGAUUCUAGACUGUUGACUUUAACAUCUUUCCAAAUUAUUGAAAACCUGAGGUCUCACAUCAAUAUUUAGCCGAUGACACACAGCCAAGGGUGGUAUUAAAGGUGAUUUGAUCAGGGCAGAGCAAGAAACAGGCAUUUCUUUUCACUCGAGUCUUCAGGUGAGCCCUGAGCAGCUGAAGACCAGAAAAGCCACUAAGACUUUCCGCUUAAUUCAGGGGCUUAGAAGAUUCUUCACAAAGUGUGUAAGUGAAAGCUUCAUAGUAUAUAUUUGCAUAUUUGUAUGUGUUUCACAUUGUACGUAGGGUUUUUAGAUGUACCAGGAAGAAAAGAAGCACAGAGAAAGUCCCCACUUACAGGAUGUGGAACAAAUAAACUUUACAUGCUUCCCUGGAAGAUACGUGGGGAUCAUCAAAGCAUCCAAUGAUCUCAAAUUCAGGGAAAGAGAAAGAAAAGAGAGGCUCUCAGCUCUGAAGGAGAAUGAAAUGAGAGAUAUUUAUCAUUAAACUGGGCUUCAUUUCUGUUUAAUCAAAGCACUGAAUCAGCUGUUUUGUCUCUAGGUCCGGCAUACUUUGAAGCAUGAGUUCUUACCAGCAGAAGCAGACCUUUACCCCACCCCCUCAGCUUCAACAGCAGCAGGUGAAACAACACAGCCAGCCUCCACCUCAGGAGCCAUUUGUCCCCAUAACCAAGGAGCCAUGCCACCCAAAGUUUCCACAACAACCCGGAAACACCAAGAUUCCAGAACCAGGCUGCACCAAGGUCCCUGAGCAAGGCUUCGUCAAGAUCCCUGAGCAAGGCUACACCAAGGUCCCUGAGAAAGGCUGCACCAAGGUCCCUGAGCAAGGCUUCGUCAAGAUCCCUGAGCAAGGCUACACCAACGUCCCUGACCAAGGCUGUGUCAACAUCCCUGAGCAAGGCUACACCAAGGUCCCUGAGCAAGGCUACACCAAGGUCCCUGAGCAAGGCUACACCAAGGUCCCUGAGCAAGGCUACACCAAGGUCCCUGAGCCACAUCCUUCAACGGUCACUCCAGGCCCAGCUCAGCAGAAGACCAAGCAGAAGUAAUGUAGUGCACAGACAAGCCCUUGAGAAGCUGACCACCAGAUGCUGGACACCCUCUUUCCAUCUGCUUCUGUGUAGACCUUGUAAUCAGUUUACUGUCACCCCGAGUCAUAGUCUCUCUCUUAUUUGUAUCCUAAAAAUAUGUACUUUGAAGCUUUUGUUCACACACACCCUGAAGAAUCCUGUAAGCCCCUGAAUUAAGCAGAAAGUCUUAGAGGCUUUUCAGGUCUUUAGCUGCUAAGGGUCCAUCUGAAGAUUUGAAUGAAAAGAAAUGCAUGUUUCCUGCUCUGUCCUCAUUAAAUUGCCUUUAAUUCCA